AUGCCAGCGAUGCUGCAUUUCUGCAUUGCUGCGUGUCCUCAUCCGGACUGUGGGAGUGAACACAAUUGAGCAGAUAACAGUCGGUCGCAUGACCUUUAUCGGCGAGACGGUCCAAUCGACAGAGAUGCCGUAGCUUAAUCUUCUUCCUAUACCUGUUCAGUCCAGCUCGGCGCUGCGUGAUCACCGCCCCGAUAAGCCGCCUCAGGCCCACUUUCGGUUGUCCUCGUCCUCGUCAUCUCCUCUCCCCUCUUCCUCUUACCUGUCUCCAUUGUUCUGUGAGUCUGCAUAUCUGAAUUUCAGGAGUUCCAUACUAAUUGCCUAGCAACAUGUCCUCCCCCACCGUCACCCUCGAUAAUGUCGCCGACAUCCUCCAAAACGACACCCGUGUCAAGCUGGCCGGUGUUGACGUCGACGGCCAGCUGCGCGGCAAACUAGUGUCCAAGAAGAAGUUCCUCUCCAUCGUCGCCGAUGGCUUCGGGUUCUGUUCGGUGGUGUUUGGCUGGGACAUGCACGACCAGACAUACUUCAAGGAGCUAUCGAUCAGCAACAGAGACAACGGAUAUCGCGAUAUCGUCGCCGUGCCGGACCUGAGCAGUUUCCGCCGUAUCCCCUGGGAAAAUAAUGUGCCAUUUUUCCUCGUCAGCUUUCAUGAUCCAGAGACGAGGGAGCCCGUGUGCGCGUGUCCGCGCGGUCUGUUGAAGACAGCGCUCGGCAAGGCAGAGAAGGCUGGUUAUCGUGCGAUGGCUGGAGCCGAGUACGAGUUUUAUCAGUUCCGCGUCCCCGGAGAACAUGCGACCCCCGAGCGAAAUGCGUCGUCCACCGCUACCUUCCUCAAAGAGAACCCCGUCGAGUCGUUGCCGUCCCUGACGGAGGGAAUGUUCGCAUACAGUCUGACGCGACCAAUUCACAACCAGGAUUACUAUUACGGAGUAUAUGACGCCUGCGAGCAGUUCGAUUGCGAGAUCGAGGGAUGGCAUACUGAGAGCGGACCGGGCGUCUUCGAGGCUGCACUACAAUUCGGGGAGGCCAAACAGAUGGCUGAUAAAGCGGGACUGUUCAAGUUUGUGGUCAAGUCCAUCGGCACGAAGCAUGGGAUUACUCCGUCCUUCAUGGCGAAGCCUCGUGAGGGCCUACCGGGGAACAGCGGACAUAUGCAUAUUUCUCUCGUCGGGAGCGACGGGCAGAAUGCCUUCCUCCGCAGCACUCCCGAUCCGUCGCCGCCGUACCCCGACGUCGCGCACCUGUCCGACCUAGGCCGCCACUUUUUGGCCGGCGUUCUGACCGGGUUACCGGAUAUAAUGCCGCUCUUCGCUCCGACGAUUAACUCCUACAAACGCCUGGUCGAGAAUUUCUGGGCUCCGGUGACGGUGUCCUGGGGUUUGGAGCACCGUGCCGCCUCAGUUCGACUGAUCGCACCGCCGACGGCCAGCCCGAAGGCGACGCGACUGGAGGUGCGCGUGCCGGGCGCAGAUGCCAACCCGCACUUCGUUCUGGCGGCCGUGGUCGCAUUGGGAUGGCGCGGAGUCGAGAAGAAGCUGGCGAUCCCGGUGCCGCCGCUCUCGAAGGGCGAGGAUAUGGGCGGUGCCAGCGACCAGGGAGUACGGUUGGCCAAGUCGCUGCGAGACGCAACGACGGCAUUUAUGCGCCCAGACAGCGUGGCACGCGAGGUGUUUGGGGAUGCCUUCGUUGAACAUUUCGGAGGCACUCGCGAGCAUGAAGUGCGGCUGUGGGAAGAGGCGGUUACCGACUGGGAAGUGCGGCGGUACAUCGAGACGGUCUAGAACCGGAGGGCACAUGCGCCGCGACGAGGACCGUCCGGGUGUUUGCCUGAAGCCUCCGAGGGUUUCCGAGUGCGGACAAGACUUGAUCACAUGUGAGCCUGAGGCGUUCACAUGUUGGAUGUGUGUUCGACUGGUCUGGGGAAGUCGAUACCGUGGAUGCCGUCGGGGUGACUGUUUUUUAUAUUUAGUUGUUCUCCCCACUGGAUGGGAGAGAACGAGACGACGGGACGAGGCACUGAUGAUUGACGAGGAGGAUGUAGAGAGCUCGACGACACCUGAGGCAGCCAUGACGUGAAACCGCGGCAGCCUCUCGGGUGUGGGGAGCUUUGCAGUCUGGGGCAGUUGUCCCUCGGCUGAGGGGAGGCAUAGAGAUAGAUGCUUAAUAUACAUUACUCGAUUCCGAAUGGUCACUCUUAUCAAUCGGUGGGCGGCG